AUGUUUUAUCCUAUCUCCGAAACCAGGACGGUACGACGCGCGUUUAGCAACAAACGGUCGGUUGAUGACGAGGAACAAUCAGACGUCUCAACUCUGCAUGCCAUACUAUGUCUGGAACAUAGAUCAGUACCCGGACCAUAUCGACUCAUGUACGGACGUUAUCUUCUCCAGAAAACUGGGGAUUGUGAAGAAGACUGGCGGAAGCCGUCGCCUCCCUCGUUCGUCUCUGCUGCCGGAACCGAAUUUGUGGCAAUCACUUCUCUUCCUGUAUUUUCGACAAUUUUGCAGUUACCCUCCAGCUAA